AUGCGUUUCCUGAACGUGGCGCUUUUUGCGGCGCUAUCGCCGUUAGCGAGUGCAAGUUUGCAGGUUGUACCUGGGGGCACAUGGACCGCGUCUAACGGCGAGCACCUGCAAGCCCACGGCGCCGGCGUCAUCCAAGUCGACGACCUGUACUACCUGAUCGGCGAGGACAAGACGAACGGCAGCGCCUUCCAGAACGUGAACUGCUACUCCUCUCCCGACCUCGUGCAAUGGACGUACGUCGGCGCGCUGCUGAGCCGGACGAGCUCGGGGGACCUGGGCCCGAACCGCGUCGUCGAGCGGCCCAAGGUGCUGUACAACGCGUCGACGAAGAAGUACGUGCUGUACAUGCACAUCGACAGCUCGUCGUACGGCGAGGCGAAGGUCGGCGUCGCGACCGGGGAUACCGUCUGCGGCUCGUACGAUUACCUGGGCUCGUUCCAGCCGCUGGGCUUCCAGUCGCGCGACAUGGGCCUUUUCCAGGACGACGACGGGACCGGGUACCUGCUUAGCGAGGACAGGGCGAACGGGUUGCGUAUCGACAAGUUGUCCGACGACUACCUGAGCGUGGAGGAGAGCACGUAUCUCUGGAGCGACAGCAUCGAGGCGCCCGCUUUGCUGAAGCAGAACGGGCGGUACUACAUGUUCGGCUCGCACCUGACAGGCUGGGACCCGAACGACAACGUCUACAGCACCUCGACCUCCCUCACAUCCGGGUGGUCGGCCUGGGCCACCUUCGCCACCGUCGGAAGCAACACGUACUCCUCGCAGACGAACUUCAUACUCCCCGUCGGGCCCUCCGCGGCCGUGUACCUCGGCGACCGGUGGGUAAGCAGCAACCUAAUGGCGUCAACAUACGUCUGGCUCCCCCUCAGCAUCUCCGGGACCAGCGUGACGAUGCCCGACGCAUCCUCCUGGGUACCGAACCUGAACACGACAACGACAUCCGCGUCUCUCGCCCUACCGUCGCAGAACGCGUACGAAGGCGAAGCAGCGACGUACGGCGGCGCCGCGCACGACGUGUCGUGCGGCGCGUGCUCGGGCGGCACGGCAGCGGGGUACGUGGGCGGGCCCGAUGACGGGACGGUCACGUUCACGGGGGUGACGAGCGACGUGGCGACGUGGACGACGGUGCAGGUGCGGUACGUGAACGGCGACAGCACGCCGCGGUACGCGAACGUGCGCGUGAACGGGGGCGCGGCCGUGAAGCUGGCGUUCCUGCCUACGGGGAGCAGCGUGUCGAGCAGCACGCUGAACGUGGACUUGGAGGCCGGGAGCGACAACGAGAUUCUCUUUGAGGCGGUUGGGACGGGUUGGGGGCCUGAUAUUGAUAGGCUGCUUGUUCCUGUCUCAUGA